AUGCUAAAGAAAAAUAUUAACGACCGACGAUAUAAAGUUGAAGAAAUAGAUGGUCACGUGUUUAAAUUAGAUAUUUUAUUCAAAGAUAAACAAAAAGGAAUCAAAGUAAUAGGAAUAUAUAAUCCCAAUAAUGAUAAAGAAAUUACACAAUCAAUAGAGAAAAGGAUAACCAGUUGGAUCAACGAAGCUCAGAAACUGAAUCAAGAAUUACUUAUCCUUGGAGACUUCAACGAAUCAACGAACAAAAAAAUAAAAAGCAAACCUUUAAUUCAAGUAAUCAAAAAACAUGGCUUAGAAGAUGUUCACGAAUGUCUAGCAGGGAAAGAUAUACUAGAUACUUGGAAGAGUGGAGAAUAUUCAUCCAGAAUAGAUUAUAUUUUCGCGAGCGAAAACAUUUUAGGGCAAAUUUCAAGUCAUGAAAUUUUAGAUAUAGAAGAUUUUGAGACAGAUCACAAAGCACUUACAAUUAACAUAGAAUUGAAAGAAUCGUUAAAUUUAAAUAAAAAAGAAUAUUUCAAAAAAGUUAAAGUAGAACUUAAACGAAUAAUUUUAGAACCAAACGACUGGGAAAUAAUAGCAGAACGACUAGACGACAAAUUAUUGGAUAUAACAGAAACAGAUUUAGACAGAGAAGAUAUUUGGGCAACAUUAGUAACAAUAUAUGAAGAAGAAAAAAUUAGACGAAUAAAUGAGAUCAAAGAUAUUAAAGAAAUGGAAUUGAAACAAGGAAAAGACAAAAACGAGGAUUUGCUUGAGAACAAAAUAUAUCAUUUAAUCAGAAAAUACGAAACCUUAGAAAAAAUCAACAACAUCGAACAUGAAAUAAUUAAAUUGAUUAAAAAAGUUAUCAAAUUAAAAUGGAGGGUAAGAGAAAUAAAAAUUAGUCCAGAUACUUAUAAAAAUUUUGACAAACAACUAAUUAUAGAAGAUUGGGGAACAACUGAUACAGGAAAGCCAAACGCAAGGAAAAUAAUUAGUUUAAUCAGAAGUCACGAUAAAAUAGAAAAAAAUAAAGAAAAUUUAAUAAAUAUAGAACACCUAAGAAAACACGAAUACAGGAAAAAACUAGAGGAUAGAGAGAAAGAGAGGAAAAAAAUAAUGCAAAAUUUAUACGAAGAUAUAAACGAUAAUAUUAUAGAUAUCAAUAUAAGAAAAAGAGAAAUUUAUUUAGAAGAAGACAUAGGAAAAAUGCUAAAUAGAAUUUUAGAAAAGAAAAGAGAAAAAAUAGAUAUGUCUGGACUAGUCAAGAGAGAAUAUGGAAGGAUUACGAUAGAAAAAGAAAAAGAAAAAAUUAAACAAAUGGCAAUAGAUCACUAUAGUAAAUGGACUGCGAAGCGUAAUAUAGAUCUAGACGAGAUAGAAUUCAACCACGAAUGGCGUGAAAUAUACAAACCGAUGGAAACAAUCGACAAUACAAUAUAUAAAAAACUCAUGGAUAAAAUAGAAAUGGAUGAAUUAGAAAAUGUAUUAAACAAUUUGAAAACGAAUAAAGCACCAGGCAUGAGCGGAAUUAGUUACGACUUUUGGAAGAAAAGCAAAAAUCUGACAAGACAAAUUCUUUUAGCAAUAAUCAAUGAAAGCAUGGAAAAAGAGAACGCAAUAACAGAUUGGAAAAGAGGUAAAUACGAAUUAAUCAAAAUUAAUAGUAAAGAUAAAGAACUAAGAAUAGAGGGAAAUAUAAUAGAUAAGAUGAACAGCGAAGAAGGAAAUCGAUACCUAGGAAUCUAUUUUAGAUACGAUAAUAGAAGAAAGGUGUAUAAAGAUAAAAUUAUAUCAAUCAUCAAUAGUGCUUGCAACAUCUUCAACUGGAAAAAACUAAAUGAAAAACAAAUAAUAGCGGUAUGGAAUAUAGUAAUCGUACUGAGGAUUGAAUAUCAACUGGCUGCUAUAGUUUUAACGAAAAAUGAAUGCACAAAAUUAAUGACAAGAUUAAAUAUGAUAAUUAAGAAAAGAGCAAGUCUAACACGGUCAACGCCCAACUUUAUAAUUUAUGACAAAGACUUAUAUGAUGUUAAACAUAUAUACGACCUACAAUUAGAAAUGCUCAGCAAAAAUUUAUUAUACCAGGCGAAUGGUAACGACAAACUUAAGAAAUUGUUCAAGAUUGUAAUGUCUCAAGAACAAAAGAGAAUAUGGACAUCGAAAUGUCCGGGUGAUUUUAAUUUAUCAUAUAAAACUAAUAACAAUUGGUGCAUAGCAGCUAUUAAGAUUUUAAACAACGAAAACAUUAAAAUAUGCGACCACGAAUUAUAUAGCAAUAUUAAUAAAAAUCAUUUAAUAGAAGGUGGUAAUACAGACAUCUUAGAAAUUCUUGAUGAGAAAAAUAUUAUGAAAAGCGCAGCAUCACGAAGAAAUAAAAAAAUAAUGUUUAUUGAAGAUGUAUUAGAAUCAGAUGGAAUAUAUAUGAAAAAAUGGAAACACAUGUGUAAAGAAUCAGGCGUAAGUACAAAAGGGAAAGUUCCUCUUUGGUUUAAAGAAUUAGAAUUAAAAAUUUUAGAAAAUACAAAUGAAAACACGAGGAAAAUAAAAAACGAAUAUAUGAGAACAAUAGAAAAGAAAAAUAUUCAUAUUAAAUAUUUUGAUGAAGAUAAAAAACAAGAUAAAAAUACAAUAGUAUCAUGGAAUGAAGAAGGAGAACUUCCAGUUUUUGCAGAAGAUAAAAAAAGAUCUAGAAGUAAAAAUUACAAGAGAAUAGGUAUUCAUUACGUAAUCAAAGGAGAUAACGAAGGAUGGAAUAAUUCACCGAAUUUAACGAUAUGCGAAGGAUGUAAGAAAAAUAUAAGUAAAAAAGCAUCAUCAAAUCAAUGUUUGAUAUAUAUAGAAAAUAAACAUAGUAGAAUAAUAGAUACAAGGAAAGAAGAGGAAACGAUAAAACCUUUUGAAACGUUAAACAAUUUAAUUAAGAAAAACGAAUGUGUAAAGACAAUUAAUGAAGAAGAAACAACGAACGAAAAAAUUAACGAAAGGAUAGAAAAUAUAGAUUCGAUAAUUAAAGCAGAUAAGGAAUUCAUAACAAUAAUGAAAAAUAGUUUAUCGGAAUAUGACACUAAAGAGAGGAUCAAAAAAUAUUUUUUGAUUAUAGACCUUAAAAAAAUCAAAAAUGAUCUAAAUAAAUAUGGAAAAAGAACAUAUUUUUAUAAUAUAGUUUGGAUUUUAAAAGAAAACAACGUUCAAAAAGAAGAAGAAAUUUGUUUUUCAGCCAGUUAUGAAGUUCUCAACAAAAAUGAAUACAAAGUUUUAAUUAGAGCCAUAAUUAUCGGUUUAAUAUUAAUUAAUCAAAAUAGCAAGAUUGUUUUAGGAAUAAAUAAAGCGAUUAGUAAAUUAAUAAAAGAUUUUAUUAUUAAUAGUAAAAGAAAAAAAAUAGAUAGUGAUUAUUAUAUAGAGCUACUUUAUAUAGAACAUUUUUUAUUUAAAAAUAAUAUAAAGAUAGUAGAUGCAUUGGACGAUGAAAUGCAUACAAUAAAAGAAAUUAAAAACAGAAUAGAUAAAAUUUUACUAGGAGAUUUCAAAGAAAAAAAGAUGCGAUACCAAAUCGAUAUAUCGGAUAAUGCAUUACUAGUAAAUGAAUAUAAUCUAAUAUGGAAGAAAAAUAUUAUAACAGGAGGUUUUAGGAAAUGGAGGAAAAAAGUUUCUAUGGCGCUAUGGAAGAACGAAAUCCUAAAUAGUAACAAAUUGAACGAUUUAUUUAUGUACAAUUUUAAAAAAGAAUUUGAUUGGAGAACAACUUUAGAAUUUAUUAGCAAUCGUACAACAUUCAGUAAAAGACAAUGCAGUAUUGAGGAUACUAGAGAAAGAUCUUAUCGAAUUAAAAAUUUGCUUAAAGAACUCCCGACCUAUGAAACUCUUUUUAAACGAGACGUCAAUUGUAUUGAAGAUAACUUGUGUAUGAGAUGUGGAAAAAAGGAGUCGGAGACAUGGGAUCAUAUGUGGGUUUGCGAAGAUAAUGAAGCAACAUUAGAAGAAAUUGCGCGUGAAUCGAUAAGUAAAUUUGAAGAAUUUCUCAAAGACAACGAUAGAAUAGAAGACAUUUCAAUUUUGAGAGAUCAUAAUGUCAAUAUAAUAACAAUUUUGGAAGAACCUUCAAAUAUAUUAUUGAAAAAAUGCCGUAUUUGGGAGAUGUUGAGAGGAGUCUUUAAUGACAAAUUUAAUAAAUUAACUAAUAUUAAGGGAGAACGAUGCAUUAUAAAAGAAUAUUAUAUUAUAGGAAUGGAGAACUUUAGUAAACCAGAACUAUGGAAAACCCAAAGCUUCAGUUGGGUUAACUAUUAUAUUUUAAGGACAAAAAUUUAG